UGUUCAGCGGCUAGCCUCGGACCGGCAGCUCAUCCACUAAAUGAGUUUUUAACGCAGUGUUUUGGUGUUUUUUGGUGUUUUUUGUGAGCAGGGCAGCUCUUCCUCUCCAGCACAUGAACCCACCGGACAGCUUCAACACAUUUAACCUCCAGGAGCAGCCGGACAGCAGCUAACCUAGCCUAGCUGCUAGCUGCUAGCCGCUAGCCUCCAGUGACGUCUGGUUGAGUGGUUGCCAUGGCGUCGCAGUUUAAAAUCCCGAAGAAGAAACAGACGACGGACUCCGACUCCGCCUCCCUGGUGAUGCAGUCGCCUCUGUCCCGCCUCCAGAGCCCCGCCCAGGAAUUUAAGAGUUACGGAGAUCGGUCCGGCAGAGGCGACGCCGACAGGAUGCAUGCUGGGAGUUCACUGGGCUCUACGGACAGACAGAGCGCUCCGAUCUUCAGAGACGUGGUUAAAUCUCUUCUGGGACUGAACAGCCCGAGUGGAGGAGCCUCAUCAGCCAAUCACAGAGCAGCAGGAAGUCUGAACCGCCAAUCACAGAAGGCCGAGGCGUCUGUGGGCGUGUCCAACGGGUGGCGCCCAAAGCGAGCGUCUGACCGGCUGCUGCAGCCAGACGCUUCCUCAGAGCGCCGCUCGCCACCACAGAAGAAGAAAAGCCCAUCCUGCGGUUCUCCAGCCGUGAGGAGGAUCUCGGUGUCCUCGGUCGACUCUCUGGCGGCGCUGCGAGGUGACGAGCAUGAUGGGAGUUUGAGUCCGUCGCCAUGGAGACGAGACGAGGGGACGUCCUCCAACAGGAAGUCCUCCUCGUCUCCUCUGAAGCAGCAGAAGAAGAAGAACUCGUCUCUCUCCGGCUCAGAGGAUGACUUCCUGUCUCCGUCCAGACCCACAAACAAGCCUUCCUCUUCCUCUUCCUCCUCCUCCUCUUCCUCCGUCUCCACGGUGACGCCCGACAGGAGGAGGAGCCUGGACAGGAAGUGGAUGCCGGAGGACUGGAGGGAGAAGGAGAGGGAGCGAUGGAGGGAGUUCAAAGCGAGGAAGACGACGAGCAAGUCGGCCGUUCUUCAUCUUCGUCUGCGGAGAGCGAAGCCGACGCCGUCAGAGCCGAUCGUGCUGUCCAGUGAGGAGGAAGAGGAAGAGGAGGAAGAGGAAGGAGCAGACGCAGGGAAGACGACUCAAAGCUGCAGCCGAUUGGACGAAUCGCUCCUCUCUGACCAGACACAGGCUCAGCAGGUCGGUCGUCAUGGAGACAGAGCAGACGAGCUCGCUCCUCCUUCCUUCCUGCAGCUGCAGUUCGUUUCUCUUCACGCCGGCCUGACGCACGCCGACGCCAACGGACACGUGAUGAUCACUGAGAACGGCAUCACGCUUCCUCUGAAAGGCGUGGAGGAGGGCGAGGUCAGCGUGGUGGCGUCUCAGGUGCGAGGUUACGGCGUUUGGGACGGGGGCGUGGCUAGAGGCGGGACUCUGCUGGCCGGAUGGGAAGGCCCCGCCCCCUCGCUGCUCUUCCUGUGGGUGACGGACGCUCAGGCCAACCUGCUGCAGACGGAGCUCAUCGCCAUGACGACCCCCGCCGCCGCCGCCGACCACGACUCAACAUUCGGUCUCCAUGGAAACCACGACUCAACAUUCGGUCUCCGUGGAAACCCCGACUCAACAUUCGGUCUCCGUGGAAACCCCGACUCAACAUUCGGUCUCCAUGGAAACCACACCGCAGCCAUAAACGUGCUGGCUGCAGCUUUUACUGACGACACGUGUAAUUAA